UCCCGGAGCUCUCUAUACUAUCGCUGCCACCAGUCAAAACUUCACACUGUGUAAGGCGACUACAGCCAUGCAUGGAGCUAGGGCCUAAUCGUGACCUAUCGAACUACAGACAGGUGACCUUAUGUUUACGCGAAUGGCCGUGAUAGAGCAGACGAAAUUAUACCCUAUUAAUUGUUUUGUUUGUUUGUCAUCAGGUAAUUCCAUUUCUUUUAAAUUGUCUGGCAGGAAGUGUGUCGAGGAUAAUAUUCUUGCAAAACUGUGUUUUCUGUUGGAUGCCGAGACAGUUUCUUUGCUGCAUCACCACGAAGCUGGUUUGUGUAGAAACUGUUUCAUAAAAAUAAAUAACUUUAUGAAAUUUAAGGAUGGAUUGCAAACCAGCGUGAAGAAAUAUAUUUGCAGAGAUAACAAAAUCAAAAGGCAUUCACUAUUGACGGAUUGUUCCACACCUGACAGCAAGCGGCAAUCAAUUGCAUGCGAGGUUGAGGAUAUUUCAGGUGAGCGUUCCCGUACAUGAGAAAAUAUGAAACUUUUUUUCAUGCCCCUAACCUCCUUCUCAACAGCCCAUCCGAUGUUCCUUAUCUUGAGUUGUUUACUGCUGUUUGUUGUCACUAUCAUUCUAACCGGAAAUGAGUAGACUAGUCUGUUUAUUAGACAUAAUACGUAAUAAUGAUAAUAAUAAUAUUUAUUUAUUUUAUUCAUGGUUAAACUAAGUGCUGUUAGGAGAUCUUUUGGGACCCUUAAAUAGAUUUUCUUGCUUUAUUGCAUAUGUCUCAUUUGAUAAAUCAACUUUGAAACCUCAAGCACACAUUUGGAAUUGUGAUUCAUCUGUUGCAAAGAAUUUUAACUAAGCAUGAGGUAGAAGCUAAAAUAUUUGCAAAACAUAUUAUUGCAUUGCUGGAGCUCAACAUCCUCUGAUGGCUGAAGCAAGACCGACUGGUAUUGCUUUCAUCGUCAUUUACAAGUUAAACAUUGACCUUUCCACGUGCAAAAAGAAUGCCACAAGUUACACUGAAAACAAGAGAAGUUCACCUGCUUCCCAUAAUGAAGAAUCAGAUGCAUCAUCUUUUUCUGUGCAAAAAGAAGCUGAACACAUUUAUGCAGCCUCACCGUGUACCAAAAUCUGUUCUAAUGGGACAGGACCCGAUGAAAAACCAAAGGCUGCAGUUGGUGAACACAACUAUUGUUUGGAUUUGCCACCAAAACAAAAGCUACCAUCUACAUUUUCAACUCAUGAGUCAUUUGCUGAAGUUGGGAAACAGCCACAGCAGACAUAUUUACAUGGACUAAUGCAAGCAGUUGCAUCUGAGGACUUGGAGCAAGUUGUGACCUUACUUUUGUCCCACCCCAGUUCAAGAAAUAAAAUAAACGAGAGAGUGAUACAGCAGCUACAGUCAGACUGUCAGGAGCUAUCAUCAUUAUCAUCUCCAUCGGUUCUCAGGGAGCAAUCAAGUCUGCAGAAUCUUACAGAUAGCCAUGACUUUAUAGGUCAGGUAUUUCAGGAGAUGAAAGAAAGGGCACCAUUCUUGUUGGCUGUAAUGUCCACUGUAACUGGAUGUAUGGAUGGUGAAAUUCCACUCAAUAAAGUGGCUGCAAUAACGUCAUCAUACUCCAUACUGAUGCGUAUGCGAAACAUCCAUCUAACAGCAUGGCAUAAGAUGGUGGGAUGCAUUCUCAUAAGAGGACAUUUAGAAGAUCAGAGUAUGGUACUACUGAGCAACAUUGGAUUGUGCCAAUCCCCAACUACCAAACUCCGAAUGAUGGCCCAGGCAGUGACUCAAACAAAGCUUAACAUUGUUCGAUCAUUACAAUGUAAUCCAUUGAUCAAGAUCACUGGAGACAAUUUGGAUGUCUAUAUCAGGUCAUCUAAAGUAGGAUCAACUAAAAAUGACAACAAGGAUCUUCACAUGUUUGCAUCAAACAUCAUUUUCUCCAAGUUUGCUGACAUUAACUUGAGCACUUCACCACCACCUCUAUCCUCUACAUGCAUCAACGCAUCUGAUGUCCUCCCGAAUGAAGACACUUUGAACAAGUUAUCCUCAGCUUAUAUUGUUCUCAUUGGCAGAAUACUGAAGGAUAUUCCAGCACUAUCAUGGCUCAACAUCCCAACACACAUUCCACACAGCCACAGUAAAACAGCAUCCAUGAAGACAGAGGUACAUCCCAUGCCACUGUUAUUCAGCAAUGAAGCCAAGUAUGAAGAAUGUGUGAAGAUUCUUGAUAGCUAUGAGGAUCAGUUGACAGAACUCUUUACAAGUGCACAUGGUGACCAAUCAGCGCUAAGGGAACUUCAUGUUCCAGUCGGUGGGGAUCAGCUCACCAGGGUAAGGCUUGAGGGUGCCAAGAGUCUCAGAGCACUUUCUCCUACACCUGCCAAAAGAUUUGAUGAUCUUGGACCAUUUGUUAUUGAAUGGUGGCACAACAAGCAGGACUUUUUGGAGAAGGCAUACAAGGCUUUGUUCAGCCCAAGGUCAAUUAGACAGCCAGGGACACUAUACUUCUACAAAGCCAAGUUUAACAUGACAAAUGUCAAUGGAAAUGUUAAGAGGAAUUUUCAGUCUCAUCAUGACCUACUUGUUCAUGUUGGAAAAGCUGUUAUUGUGGAACAGGCACGUGAAUACUUUGGUAAUCACUGAUGACAACAACACAGCUUUGAAGAAUAUUCCUGUUGAUGUUUUCAACCUGUCUUUGGAAGAGAAAACCACAGCGUCAGAGGCAGUUUUAAGAGCUUUCCUUGUCCACUAUGGAUACCUUGAUUUAACGUUCAAGGAUUCUUGUGAAAGAAUGUAUUUGAUUUUUCAUGUAAAUGCUGAUGGUACAGUGGUGGAAGAAAAGUCUCAGUUUGAACCUGAUGAAGUCUACAGUUAUUGCCAGCAACUAUUCCACUGGGCUCUCCAUUUAAUGGAGCUUGAUGACACAGCCAAAGAGGGAGACAGUGAUAGACUUAUCCAUAAUGCCAAGAUGAACAUUCCAUUCUUUUUUGCCCAUUCUUCACAGAGUAAAUAUUUUGUGGAGAAUAUUGACUUUCUCAUUAAAGUCUGCUACUUGCUCUCUCCAAUGAUGAAAGAACUUGUCCUUGACACAGCUUUCAUUAACACCAAGGGAGGAAUUUCAAAUUGUGUUGAGGCUGACCUAGUGCAGGAACACAGCAUAAAGAAUCAGAAGGCGCUCAUCAAACAACUUGGUGCCAACAAGACCAAAAACGCCAUGAUAACAGCAACAGGUGCAGCAAGUGCAAUAUUCAAAGUUUGUGACAACCUGAGGAUAUCUCUUGGAGUCAAACGACAGUCAACCAGACAUUCCAAAAGGAUUUGUAUUUCUCAGAUAGAGUCAAUUCAAAAAUCACUUAAUGAAUUGAGGCCAUUUCAUCAUUGUGCAGGAAGAAAGUGUCAUGGGUUUAAGGGCAUUGUAUCAUCCCCUUUCAGAAAGUUCACAAAAUCUAGUCUUUUCAUCAGAGUCCAAGAUAUUGUGUUCAGAUUGAUGAAAGGUGAUCAUAUUGACAUGGAUGACAGAUGUAAUCAGUCUGAUGAUACCAGUGAUUCGGUUGCUGCUGCUGAUGAUGGCGAUAGUGAUGAUGAACUUCCACCUGUGUAGUUGUGGCAGAGUGAUAUUUUGUAUAUACAACUUAUGUUAUAAUUCUAUUUUAGCCAUAGUUUUAUUAAAGGCGACUAUGCUUGUCGUAUAAGGCGACUAACGGGAUCGGGUGGUCAGGCUCGCUGACUUGAUUGAUCCAUGUCAUCGAUCCCAAUUGUGUGGAUCAAUGCUCAUGAUGUCAAUCACUGGAUUGUAUGGUCCAGACUCGAUUACUUUACAGACCAUCGUCAUAUAGCUGGAAUAUUGCUGAGUGCGGCGUUAAACAACAAACAAACAAAACAUUCAGAAUUUAAUUCAUGGAGCCAAUGGACGUGUUAAUUUCAUGGAUUUGAAGGUUAGUUGUAGUGUAUUUCUUCUGUGAUGCUUUAUAUGUAUUUGUGUAUUUCUAAAUCUUACAGUUAGAAAUAGGUUGUGCUAGGUUUAUUGCUAGUCAGGUUGUGUAUUGAAUUCACAGUUCAGUGUAUCUGGUUAUGAUUAUUUUAUAUGAUAAAGUAUUAUCAUGAUUGUAAAGAAGUUUCUUUAAUUGAUAAAUAGUUAUUUUUUUCUAGGCUAUUAUCAUCUUAACCUGAACAUUAACUAAGUAAAACUAAACCCUAAAUAAACUCAUAGUAAUUCUCAUACCUCAUGCAGUAAUUCUCAUACCUCAUGCCGCCCUCGAAACGAUCUUCUUCCAUGACACAAUGAUUAAUGUAACGUUCACCUCGACGUCGGUAUACGCGAAUCCGUCCGUGGGGAUUGCAUAAAAGUCAACUUUUGCAUGAAAUGCAUGCUUUUCUGUAGCAGUUGCGGUUUUGUGACUUGAUUCCAUAUAUGUACUACAAUAUUGAAAACCAAACUUUACUUGUUUGAAAAAUACACUAAAAUAUUGGUGUCACAGGAACUUUUGUUGUUGAGUAUAUAUUACUGUAUCUUUCUGCAGGUUACUUACUACAUGAGUAACAUAGGUUUCUCGCUAUUUCUCGCUAUUUUAAGUUAUAUAAUUGAAUGUCCAUUAGAUUUAAGGCCAUUCUGUAUAUUAUAACAAUGUCAUUGUUCUAUGUCUUUUGUGCAGUAUGUCUUAUUAUUUAUACAUUGUUUCACAGCAUAUUUAUUCCCCUCUCUCUUCUGAGAAAAUAAACAUCCAUCAGCUCACA